UUUCUGGCGAGAAGGAAUGGGUGACAUUUUGGGUCAAGACCAACUUCAGGAAGGCUCUUCUUCAGGCGUCACGACCCGAAAGGUCACCCAUUCCUUCUCUCUAGAGAUGCUGCCUGUCCUGCUGAGUUACUCUGGAAUUUUGUAAAGAUCUUGAGGAUGCCACAUUCCCAUGGGAUUGGUGGGAAUUAAGCUAAUCAGAAUGUAAGGAUUAGUGGGAUUAGCGUAGCUGGGACACAUUGGCCAAUGUCCGAAGGGCAUGUUUCCACGCUGUAUCAUUCUGUGACUCUAUGAUUGGGUUGGGUCAUCACUGCAGUUUCACUUGGAAUGAUUAUAGCAAAUAAUGUAUAUUCAUUGAAGGGGGACCUGGGCUAACCACAAAGGAGAACAGAAUAUGCGGCUGAAUUGAUGGGGGUAGAUUAAGGAGUAAAGAAGGUUUGGUGGAGCACACACACAAGCAUACUCUGAGGAAGGGUCUCAACCUGAUACGUCACCUAUUCCUUUUCUCCAGAGAUGCUCUCAGACCCGCUGAGUUACAACAGUUUGUGUCUGUCGUCGGUUUAAACCAGCAUCUGCAGUUCUUUCCCACACAAGCAGAGAUGUGUUGGGUCAGGAGCACGGCUUCUGUUUUGUGACUACUUUGCAUUACUUGGUAACUCGGUAAUUCAAUGAAUGCAUUUAUAAGCUCAUCAACCAUCAAAAGAGUCCAAAUAAUGAUAGAUGGGUCCAUGCAGUGACCGUCCAUUCAACUGGUCCAAAUGAUUUACUUAAUUUCAAAAUUUUGGAAAAUAGCGAAACAGUUGGAUCAACAUUAUUGAUUUUGUUUCGCUCUUGAUAAUGCUUUCUUUAUCAUUGUCAGGUAGUCAGAGGCAUUGCAUUGCACGGCACUAUAUUAUUUAAUCAUUUCAGUCUUGUGACAUAGCUUACGGAAAAGCAGACAGCACAGCUUGUUAAUCUUUAGUACAUUGCUGAUAUUGCUGGCGCUUUUAAGAGAUAUCAGAAUCAGAUUUAUGGCAAGUAAUAUCACUCCUCCCACGUCAGUUGCAAAUCUAGACCGUAUUCAGUUUGGAUGAAAGACAGAAUCUUCCCAUUUUUAAAGCAUUGGUUGUGGUUCGUAAUUCUUCACUGUUUCACUGAUAAAUUACCAGCUCACACAAAAUGAUUUAACACUAUGUUAUAGUUUCUUGUUGUUUAUUCUUCUGAGCUGUGAAUUUAAUGUUACUCCAUUUGUUAUUUGUGCGGUAGAUGUUGCUUCAGGCAGCAAUAUUGAGCUAUUUAACUUCUCUUUUUAUGUACUUAUGUCCUACAGCGAAAUAUUUGAAUUAUGAAAUCUCAAUCAUGUCCAUGGUUUUGAUUAUCUGCUUUGCAUUAUUUUACUGCCUAUCACAUAUUAUUUAUGCAACAAAUAUAUACCAAACCCACUCAUAGCUCUUGAUUUCCAAUCCCUUUUUUUGUGUUACAGAGGUAAAGAGGUUGGCCAUGACGUAGACCUUCUGAUCAGCUGCCUAGAGGAAGGGAAUGUAGAAGGUCUCCUUCACAAAGCCCUCAGUAAGCUAGACCGUCAGGGCUUGCUUCUGUUCUGUGAUGUUGUGGAGGCCACUAUGGAAAAGAGACAGCUACCCAGCAGAAAAUAUGACGCCAUGGAUCAUUUCCAAAAAUGCUUUCUGAUUCUAAAAUUAGACAAAGGACUUGUGGACAAGAGAGACCACAGCCUGGCCUCGGGGUCUGCAGUGAGACUGACUGAUAAGGGAACAGAAGACGAAAACAAGACGAUGAUUAAAGGCUGGAAGGCUAUCCGUGUCGAUCUGGUUAUUGUGCCUCCUCAGCAGUUUGCCUACGCAUUAUUAGGAUGGAGUGGUUCGAGACAAUUUGAACGCGAUUUAAGAAGAUAUUGCAGCCAAGAGAAAAGGAUGUUACUCGACAACCAUGGUCUCUAUGAUAAAAAUACGCAGGUAUUUCUUAAAGCCGAGACUGAGGAAGAAAUCUUUGCUCACCUGGGCUUGGAAUACAUUGAACCACAGGAACGAAAUGCAUAACUUCAAGAAAUAAAAAGUGCCCUUUCAAAGAAAUUCAUUCCGAAAGAAAUUCUGACACAGGAAAAAUAAUGUUUUUUUUAUAUAAUUUGACAUCAAUACACAUUGGUCUGUAUAAAGCUAACACACCAUAAAAUGUCAAACUUGAGCUGAGAAUUGGCCUCUCAUGUCCAGCAGCAGGAUGUGGCAAUACCUAAAUUGCAGAUGAAACUAUUUUAUGGGAAGCUUCACAACUGCUUAAUGUACCUUUAAAGUGAUGGAGAUGUAAGGUUGUACACAGUCGUAUGGGCGACCUAUACCUCAAUGCCAUUCUCCCUCAUAUUGAUCUUUAAUUUUUGAUUUACUUUGCUUAGAAAGCACUAGAUCCCAGAUGUAAGCAAUUUUACUGCCCCAUCAUCUACAGCCUUAUGGAAGUCAUAAGGCCAUAAGAAAUAGGAGUGGAAUUAGGCCAUUUGGCCCACCAAGUCUACUCCAUGAUUCAAUCAUGGCUGAUCAAUCUCCCCCUCCCAACUCUCCUGCCUUCUCCCCAUAACCUCUGACACCUGUACUAAUGAAGAAUCUAUCUAUCUCUGCCUUAAAAAUAUCCACUGACUUGGCCCUCACAACCUUCUGUGGCAAAGAAUUCCACAGAUUCACCACCCUCCGACUAAAUAAAUUUCUCCUCAUCUCCUUCCUAAAAGAACGUCCUUUAAUUCUGAGGCUAUGAACUCUGGUCCUAGACUCUCCCACUAGUGGAAACAUCCUCUCCACAUCCACUCCAUACAAGCCUGUCACUAUUCUGUAUGUUUCAAUGAGGUCCCCCCUCAUUCUUCUAAACACCAGCGAGUACAAGCCCAGUGCCGUCAAAUGUUCAUCAUAGGCUAACCUACUCAUUCCUGGGAUCAUUCUUGUAAACCUCCUCUGGACCCUCUCCAGAGCCAGCCUUCCUUCCUCAGGCAUGGUGCCCAAAAUUGCUCACAAUAUUCCAAAUGCGGCCUUACCAAUACCUUAUAGAGCCUCAACAUUACAUCCCUGUUUAUGUAUACAAGCUUCCUUGAAAUAAAUGUUGGCAUUGAGUUUGCUUUCUUUAGUGUGAAAGUGUGAAUCCCAUAUUCCUUUUGGAAUAACCUUCUGUAAAACGAGCUAAAGAAUGAACUAUUGCUUUCUGCUUAUUGCUUUGUAUUUUUUUUAAUUGUUUCUCAUUGGUUACAUAUCAAAUAUCAUGGAUGUUUUGGAAACAACACAAUGUGAAGUUAUGUGUAGAAUGCUGCAAAAUCUUAAUAAAUGUUUCAUAUCUUGCUUUGAACUAUUUUUCUCAAUGUUAUAAUUUAAGAAAUUAUGAAAGUAAUGACUUGCGGCAAAGCUUCGAUUAACUCUCAAUACAUGACCAUAAUCUCUGUUAAUAUUUGGGAAAUUAUGGAAUACAUUGGGUAUCUCUGACAUGCAUCAUAAAUAAAUAACUGUUAGACCAUGCAUAACUUUCAAAAUUGAAUCAACAAAUGGAAAAGCUGUUGGAAUUAUAUCUGCAACUCACACUUUUCCUGCAAUGUCACAUUUUCACAGUGAUUUUUUAAUUAUAUUACAGAUGUGCCUUACAGGUAAUUACAGAUUACCAAUUCUGCACAUUUUAGAUUUAACUGACUUCAGUGGCUUCCUUUGUAGGACUGCCUUUAAUAACUGAAUUAUACAAAAUAUGUGAAAACUAGUUUUCCCUUAACUCACUACCAAUUGAGGUACCGUAGAGGUGCAUCAAUUAGUUCUGCUGAUAUUAAAGUUCCAAUAAAAGGGUUGAACCAUGACCUUGGGUUCUGCCGUUGUGGAGAAUGCAUGUUUUCUCUGUGAGGUGUGGGUUUUGCCAGGUUUUCGAGUUACCUCCCACAUCCCAAACAAAUGCUGGCAGGUUAAUCACCUUCUUUAAAUUGUAGCUAACUUUGGUCAUGGCAGGAGAGUUACGGGCCUGUCCCACUUAGGU